GGCGGUAGUGGUAGUGCCGGGAAGCCUCCGGCAGGGCGCGGCGUGCUGCGGGGCCUCCUCGGCCUCGCAGGCCUCCCUCGGCGGGCUGUUUCGGUCGCCUCUCGCUGCCGAGCCCCUGUGUCCGCCGUGCCGGUCGGCGUGGAGCCGUUGUUGAGGGGUGGGCCCGCUGUGGCGCAGCGACCGCUUCCUGCGGGGCGGUGGGGCUCCGGCGGGGAAGCGUGGCCCCCGGGCGGUGCCGGCGGCUUGGUGUGAUCUUAAAAACCUCGGUGGGUGCUCUGGGACGAAGGGGAUCUUCGUGGGGAAAGGCGUGUGAAGUGCCAAGAAAAUCAUUUCAAAGCCAGUCAGACUAUGGCCUUUGAAAGCAUUACACAAAAGAACUGGUAUGAAAUCCUGGGUGCUAAGCCAUCGGAUAGUCUGGCAGAACUAAAACGGAAGUAUCAAAGACUUGCUCUAUUAUAUCAUCCAGACAAGCAGAAGGCAGAUGUGCCAGCAGGAGAAGUGGAGGAGCGUGUACAGAGGUUCAUCGAAAUCGAUCAAGCAUGGAAAAUUCUAGGGAACGAAGAGACAAAAAAAGAGUAUGACCUGCAGCAGCAUGAAGAUAAUCUGACAAAAGAAUGGCCACUACAUGCACAGAUUUCCCUUGAGGAUAUGUCCUGGAAUGAAGAUGAACAAUGUUACACUCUCCCAUGUCGAUGUGGCGGGAAAUACACUGUCUUCAAGAAUGAAAUCAAGGACGUAUCUUUGGUUUGUUGUGACACAUGUUCACUCGUAAUCGAGAUCCUUCAAUGACUGUUUCCAUCAAGCACAUGAAGAGUUACAAAUUUGUAAAAAGACUGGACAAAUGGGGGACAGCAUCUGCUAAAGGAAUGUAUGCUAAAGAAAAGGGGACAGGACAAGUUCAAUUAGGCUUAAGAAAGGAAACAUGCACAUUAGCUAACAUAGCUCUGCAGAUAUGAGGCUUGGUUUUCCUUCUGCAGCUAAAGAGCUAGUUAAUAAAAACCUCCAGAACAGAA